AUGAAUUCGGGAAGUACGUCUCAAUCCCCUGUUGUUGUCGGUGGUGGAUAUACACUAGAAAGGUUAGAAGGUACCAAGAAUUAUAACAACUGGAAAUUUACAAUGAAGAUGUCUUUGAUUAUGGAUGGACUUUGGAACUGCGUCUUAGGUACAGAUAACGAUGCAAUCCGAGAUCAAAGAGCUCUUGCGAAGAUUUGUCUAAAUGUUCAGUCUGCAUGCUACGCCUAUGUGAGAGAAGCAAAUACGUCAAAGCAAGCGUGGGAUAACCUACAAGCGGCAUUUGAAGUGCAACAGCUUGCGGAUAUUGGGCAUAAGGUAAAUGACGAAGAAGUUGCGAUGCUUUUACUAGGAGGUCUUCCUGCAGAAUUUGAUCCAUUGGUAAUGGGAAUAGAAGUCACUCAUGAAAGAUUUGUCUACUGA